CAAUUUCUUCUGACGAUCUUGAUCUGUUAAAGAAAAAUAGUUUAACAUUUAAUACUGAAUCCUGUCCAUCAGAUCCAUCUCUUACAUGUCUUAGUGUUGAUCGUCAAUCAUUAAUUGGUGCAGGAACAUAUGGAUUAGUUGUACGAGGUCGUUCAAAAGCAGUUCAUUUUCCUGUUGCAAUAAAAUUUAUUAAAUUACCAACUAAACUCGAUAUUGUUUCAUUCAAUACAGCUGGUCGAUAUAAUCGUAUUGAUCGUCAAUCACUUAUUGAAAACAGAGGAAGUGAAAAAAGUUUACGUGAAGCUGCCGCACUUCGUCUCUUGACAGAAUAUGAAAUUCCAUCAAUACCAAAAUAUGUUGCAUAUAUAGAAACAUCAUCAUAUAGAAUUCUUGCUAUGGAAUUACUUGACGGUUAUGAAGAAUUAUCGAAAAUAAUGUAG